AGCGGGGCUGCGCUGCGGCAUCGGGGUGCGGGGCGCCGGGAGAGCCCGGGCUGCGGGGCCGGGAGCGCGAUGGAAGAGCCCGGGCAGCCACGUGCCUCGGGGGUCGCCGUGAGGGAGCGAGGCGGGGGGGCGGCUCCGGGAAUGCCAAGGCCGCGGGCUGGGGGGCGGUGCGGCUGCGGCCUCGGGGCGGCUCCGCCUCGGGUGUGCCGGGAUCGGGAACGGGGCCGCGGGCUGCGCUCCGCCACCGGCGAGGCGUCGAUGGCGGCCCCCGCCCGCGUGGGUCUCCGGCGCUGGCUGUCCUCGCGUGCCCCGGCCCCGAGGAUCUGCGUGGUGGGCAGCGGCCCCGCGGGGUUCUACACGGCUCAGCACAUCCUGAAGCACCAUGACCUGGCACAAGUGGACAUCUAUGAGAAGCUGCCUGUUCCAUUUGGGCUCGUCCGUUUUGGAGUAGCACCAGAUCACCCUGAAGUGAAGAAUGUGAUCAACACGUUCACGCACACUGCGCGUUCAGAUCGCUGUGCCUACUAUGGGAAUGUCACCGUGGGCAGGGACAUCACGGUGGGAGAGCUGCAGCAGGCAUACCAUGCCGUGGUGCUGAGUUAUGGUGCUGAAGACAACCAGGUUCUGGGGAUCCCAGGGGAAAAUCUCUCUGGGGUUUACUCAGCCCGUGCCUUUGUGGGCUGGUACAAUGGACUGCCUGAGAACCGGGAUCUGAAGCCUGACCUAAGCUGUGAAACAGCGCUGAUCCUGGGCCAUGGCAAUGUGGCUCUGGAUAUCGCCCGCAUCCUCCUUUCCCCACUGGAUUUCCUCAGGAAGACAGACAUCACUGACUGCUCCUUGGCAGCUCUAGCCCGCAGCAAGGUGAAGCGCGUGUGGCUGGCUGGGAGAAGGGGACCUCUCCAAGUUGCUUUCACUAUCAAGGAGCUGCGGGAGAUGAUAAAUCUGCCUGGUACCCAACCUGUCCUGAACCCCGCUGACUUCACAGGCCUCGAAAAUGCUAUUAAAGAUGCCUCCAGGCCCAGGAAAAGACUGACUGAGCUGAUGAUCAAAACAGCCCUAGAAAAACCCAGGGAGAAGGCAGCGAUGGCACAGGCAGCAAUUCCCCGGCAGUGGGGCUUGAAGUUCCAGCGUAGCCCCCAGGAGAUGCUGCCCACCACUGAUGGGACACGGGUGAGGGGUGUCCGCAUGGCCCUGACCCGCUUGGAGGGCUUAGGUGACUCUGCCAAAGCUGUCCCCACUGGAGACAUGGAGGAGCUGGAGUGUGGGCUGGUGCUCAGCAGCAUUGGCUACCGGAGCCUGCCCCUGGACCCAGCAGUACCUUUUGACACCCAACACGGCAUUAUCCCCAACAACUUGGGCAGAGUGACGGGUGUUCCAGGUCUGUACUGCAGUGGGUGGGUGAAGAGAGGACCUGUGGGUGUGAUCAUCACCACCAUGAAUGACAGCUUUGACACUGCCCAGUCUGUGCUGGAGGAUCUCCAAGGGGGUGUGCUGGAUGUGUCCAUCUCCAGAGAAGGUUUUGGGGCUGUGGGUAGCAUCCUGCGUAGCCGAGGGAUCCGUCCUGUUUCCUUCUCGGACUGGGAGAAGAUAGAUGCUGCCGAAGUGGCAAGAGGGAAAGCUGCUGGCAAACCACGUGAGAAGAUAGUAGAUCCUCAGGAGAUGCUGCAACUGAUCGGUCACUGAAGCUGCAGAGAUGGUCCACACAGUGCUGUCCAGGGGCAGCACCAGGCUGGUUGCCGACCUGGGAAUGAACGUGGCACUGAGGACCUGGUAACAAUGAACUCUGCAUUCCCUGAGUGAGUGACUCAGAACAGCUGAGGCUGUGGGCUGGCCCCACAUCUCUGCAGCCUAGGGGUGAUUUGUGUUGUGCCUGAGUGCUUCUGGCAUUGGCAGAUUGGCCAGAGCAGGUGAGAUGUGUGCUUGGCAGGAACCUUGGCCUGACAUUACACCCAUGGCAAGAAGCACAGAGAAACUUUCUUGUGUCUUGCUGCCUCCCCUUUAAGCCAAAUGACUUCAUUGCCUUGUCAUUCAUGUGUAAGCAGGCUUUUUUUUUUUUUUUUUAAAUAAUAAUUGUUUUAAAAUAAACCCUUCCAGGAAAGACAAUUUGGACCUGCCACUUGAGUCUGGCUCCUUUGUGACUGCCUUGUUCUCAGGAGCUGCCAGCUGGGUGUGUGUCUGCUGCAGCUUGUCCCAGGGACAGCCAGCUCUUCUUGUAGGGAGGGACUGUUUGCUGCCUCCCUGCUGGGAGCUCUAAACCAAACAGACAAGGGCAUUAAUUUGCAUUCUGCCUUCCACAAUUGAACCCUGGCAAGGCCUGGGUUCUAGCUUGUGGGGUGAAAUGGGAUAACAGGUGUGUAACUGCCUUGUUUUGGAUCACAGGAGAUCCGUGAAUGUUGGUACCUGCUGGAGCUGAAUCAUGCAGCAGUGCCUUGCUCCCUUCACUUUGCUCGCUUUUGGUUGGGAUUUUUUUGCCUGUGUUUUGAAGCUUAUUAAAUGCUUCUCUUAGCCUAAAUUGACCGUGGUGACGGUGUCAGGAUUUAAGCCAGAUUACAAGCUGCGAGCAGUAAUCUCCUCUUUAUCCGUGGUGCAGAGGCCAGGCCAGCACAGCCCCCUCCCCACUGCCACCCACGCUGUCCCUGACCACUGCGGUCACCUCUGUGAUUGGAGCUGCUCCCAGCACUGACCUGUGUAAGCAGUGAGGACGGCUCUUGCUUGUGGCUGCAUAUAAAAACAAACUGGGCUCCGCGAUGGAGGCGGGGGGUAAAUCGAGCCAGGGCAGAUGGCAGCGACUGUCUCAGUUCCACACUUAGGUGCAAUCUUCUCCACAUUCCCUCCUGGGUUAAAGGAUUUACCCCUAUCCUGGUGCUGUGUGCCCAUGCCUGUCUCUGAUCCCAGGCUAGGCAAGAAAGAUCAGUGUCUUCUCUCUUUUUAUCUGUAUUUUUUUUCCCUUUUCUAUUUAAAUCUUAUUUGCAAGAUCAUUAAGAAACUCAGGAAAUGUGGUACUGGGAGCUCGUACGCAAACGAGCAAUAAAGCUUUUGCCGAACAUCUGCUUGUGUGAUGUGGCUCUCGUUACGUCUCAGGGCUGAUGCCAUCCUAAUGCUGAAUGUUCAAGCAGGAGAUUACAUCAGCUCUGGGUUCAGAGGCGAACAGGCGCUUUGGAACUGGGGGAAUGAGGGUGAAGGGCUGUGCAGAGAGCCAGAAGUGUGGUGGUGAAGGGGCUGUUGUGGCUGCCUUGAGGGUAUGGGGAAGCAGUGGGCUGGCUCUUCCCCGGAGCUCUCUUGCACACUGCUGUGAAUGUUGAUGUUAAGCUGCUUUUGUAGCCGUGGCACAGGUUGUGGUGCUUGCUCUGAGCACAGCGAGUAGCUGCUUCCAGGCAGAUGACGCUUUGGGAUAAGUUUUGAGCUGUGAUGACAGAUUAAGGGGUGAAUCUUUCUUUGCUGGACCCAAUGCCUUAGUGCAGAAGUUGGCCGAGACCCUGGGGUUUGUGCAGGGCUGCUGACAGCUGUGGGACAAAGUCAGCCAGGGCACAGAUGGAACCUGAUGGCCGGCUGAAGGAUCGUGACGAUGGUGUCAGUCCUAAUUCGAUACUUUCAGCUGCCCCUUUUCCUGCUGCUUGCUCGCCCGUACCCCAGGGGGCCGCUCUGCUGCAUCCCCAUUUCUGGGGCUCUCCAUCCAUCUCUCUGGGACUGCAAUGCCUGUGGCUUCCCGGGAAGGUCCCUGUCCCUGUGGCCGCG